CGGGGGCGAUCAGCUUUUUUGGGCGGCAAACGCACAUUUAUGGCCCUUAGUUGUCAGUUAAUGAAAAUAUUUCACCUAGAUGCAUUUGAAAGCAGCAUUCACUGUAAGAGUAGAACUAGGCACUCUGCAGUCAUCUGCAUUCGUCCCCACUUGAUGGAUCUUCACAAAUCCACUUGAGAAUGAAGUUACAAACGAAAAGUUCUUCUGUACCACAAACUGCUCUGAGAACAAUCCAGGAAAGAGUUCGAAAAUGGAAGAUCUAGGCGAGUAAGUGUUCUUGGAAAUACCCAGUAACUAGCUGGUGACACCACGCUAUGGUGAAUAGCUGCCAUUUGAAAUGAAAUGCAAAGUGAGAAUGGACCAAGCUAACUUGCAAGCGGCAUCAUCACAAAGGGGCGCCACACAUAACCGUUCUGGAUAAGGGUAAAUGAGUGCUCGUGGUGAUCAGUGCGCUUAAGCCAGAUAUUUCAUCAUGCGGGUUCUUGGCAUACAAAACUCUUGAUCCUGUGUCGGUGUCAUUUCAGUAUAGUCAACUUGUUUGCAUUACCUGAUUGAUGCUGUUAGUUCUUUAGAAGCACCGGUGAUUGCCCGAACCCGAAAGUAUUCAUGCAGUGACGCGGAGAAGUAGGAAGUUAGGGAUGCGAGCCUACUGCAGCCACAAAUAUUCUAAAACCCAACGUGUUCGCAUGAAGGAGCUGAAUCGGCUGUUGCAAAUCUAUUGCAUAGCCGAUGCUGAUAGGCGAAUGAUAUGUGUUUCCGGCAGUGACAAACUGGGCACUGGUCUCGGGAUUGCCCAACGAAUCGGUGACCACAGGGGCAACCGCAAUUUGAUUGUGCAACAGAGUGGCAUCGUAAGGGUGAGUCUGCAUGAGCUAACUGGCAUGUUGUUCGGAGUGACGCUGAAAUUGAACUGGGAGAUGGCUCGAGUGUGUGGGGUAAUAAAAAGCAAGGUUUGACAGUGCUGCAGUUGUCGGAUGAAAAGCAUGGAGGUGCUGAUAAACGUCAGGAGGUCCUGCGGCAUGGAGAUAUGCAGCUAGUUGAUUCCGCAGCGUGACAGUCAAGUAAGUCUCAGUUAAAACUGCAUUAAUCAGGUGCUGAACGAAAUGAGAUGGACAGCUAAGCACAGUACUAUUGAAAGGGGAAGUGGACAAAAUGGGUAGCUGUUGAUUGGCCAUGGAAGCUGUGCUGUAAAGAUUACACGGUGUGCCAGCUGAGGACACCUGGGCUAAAUCAACUGGCUUAGUAAAGGGAGUAGAACAUGCUUGGUUCAUGACAAACUGAUCAAAGACGGGUGGCUGUCUAAUUGGCAAGAAAGACACAUGUGAGAUAUUUUGGUAGGUAGCGAACUUGCUCAAAGGUGUUCUUGAUUGACAAGCAUGGGGACCGGAUAGGGAUGUGUUGUAAGUAAGGACACUUGUUUUCAAGGCUUAUUGAUGCGUUUCAUCUGGCUGUACCCCAAACCCCUGCAUAACAAUUCGCAAUCAAUGCAUCACUUGGAAGCACGGUUACUCUGGAUGAAACCGCGGCAGUAGUAGUGGUGUGCAGUGGGGAAAUUGAGGAUCGACUGCUUGAAGGCACACAACUUGAAGCAGCACUGAAGAAGAAUGUAGUAAUCGGUUCAGAGGCCGAAGAAACCAACUGACCGAAUGGCGCCUAUGGAGUCGAGGGAAGCUGGGAUAUUGACCAUGGGCAAACAACCGUGGCAGUUAAGUUUCAAGUCACAUAUAUAGAACUUCUAGUCUACCGUUUAUUUAUUUAUUGAUACUUCUAUGCGUGUGACAUGAAACUUAACUGACAUUGUUGUUUACCCAUGGUCAAUGUCCAAGUGUCCUUCGAAUCCACAGGCACCAGUCGGAUGGUAUUUUCGGCUUCGGAACCGAUGGCUAUAUUUGUCUUCAGUGCCACUUCAAGUUGUGUACGUUCAAGCAGUCCAUCCCCAAACUGCUCACUACUCUGUAAAAAUAACUGCUGUGGAUUCGUCCAGAGCAACCAUACUUCCAAGCAUCGCGUGGAUUUUCAACCGUUUGACUCUUGCUGGCUGGUCACACGCGCAACCCACUGCUGUAGUUAGUGGGCGCCAGCCUGAUGGAACGUAGCCAAUUAACCCAGUGUCCCUAUUGACAUUGGUAGACCCCUUGAGGAUAUGACUACAGGAAGCUUAUUCGCUUAUUUGUGACAAUGGGAAAUUUGUUGAACCCAAGCAUAAAAUUACUUUAAGCAGAUUGUGGAUGUUACAUUGCUCAAUGCGAUUCCGUAGUAUUGGACAUUAGUUGUGGAGCUCACAGUAUAUUGGAGCAAGAGAUGCGCAUAGAAGGGGAAGUGUAAUAGGUGGAUGCAAGAAGGGUUCUUAGAACAUCGACGAUUAGAACGCAGAAUAUGGAAGCGUGUUCGGUUUGUUCCUUUCGCUCAUCACACAUUUGCUCUUGAGAAAAUCGUGGUUGGCAUUACCGUGUAGGAGGAGGAAGAGGGAAGAUGAAGUCUGUGAGUGUCGAUGCCUUCCCUUUAA